AUGUCUUGGCUAGCAGCUGCAGCAAAAGGACAACUCAUUGAUACUGAGGAGCAGCAGCUGCGUCAGCGUAAGGGAGCACCUCGAGCAGCAGAUGCAGCAGCAGCAGCAGCAAAUGCAGCAAAUGCAGCAAAUGCAGCAGAGCUGCACACUGCAGCAAUUAUAGCAGAAGCAGCAUCAACUGCAGCAGACGAUGUUGCUUCGAGCCCAACUGCUGCUGCUGCUGCUGCUGCAGCAGCAACGCAAGAAGACGAAGACGCAGCAGCAGCAGCUUCUGUAGCAACGGAAGCAGAAUCAACAACUGCAGCAACAGCAGCACUAGGAGCAGAUGCAGAUGAAGUAGCAGCAGCAGCAGCAGCAGCAGCAGCAACAGCAGCAGAACAGGAAGAUGCAGCAGCAGCAGCAGCAACACCGAGACGCGAGUGUCUCCAUUCCCCUAGCAGCAGCUCACGUUCUCCAUCAGUGUUAUCUCCUGCUGCUGCUGUUGCUGCAGCAGGUUCCUUCUCCCCAGCAGCAGCAGCUGCAGCAGCAGCUGCUGCAGCAAAGAACGGUACCCUAUCCCCUGCAGCAGCAGCAGAAGAAGCAGCAGCAACAGCAGAAGCAGCAGCAGCAGCACGAACUGUAUGGCUAGCUCACAGCAGCAGCUCGCUGCGCCUCGAGCAGCUGCAGCAGCUAAAGGACGAGGUAGCAACUAAUAGGAAGAAGAGGCAGCAGCGUAGGCAGCAGCAGCGGCAGCAGCAACUGCAGCAGCAGCAGCAGCAACAGCACCGGGAGCAACAGCAGCAGCAAGAGGGAGAACACCAACAACAACAGCAGCAGCAGCAGCAACUGCAACAGCAGGAACAGAAGGUGCAGCAGAGAAAGCAGCACCGCCUCCAACAGCAGCAGCAGCAGCAACAGCAGCAGCAGCAGAGCAGCGCGAGUCCUCAAGGGAAACAAACAGAGAAACUAGCAAAGCUAGUCGACUAUAGGGGGAGACACCCGAAGGGCAAUGCUGAAGCUCGUGCCGCAGCGCGUUAUCCUCACAGCAUAACUCUCCGCCAUGUCUAUCGAUUUAUUGUUUUGCCUACGAUGUGCUUCCAAAUUCAUAUUGUAGAUGAAGUAAUGACAAUGACAAAGUGCAGCUUAGACUGGUGGAAUGCGUCGUCUUUUGGUGAAUAUUGGCGUAAAUGGAAUUUGCCAAUUCAUUUCUUCCUUCAUAGACAUGUUAAUAAACCCCUACUUAGAAACGGGGUACCUAAAGUAUUUGCAGGUACAGUAGUGUUUUUUAUAUCUGCCCUUAUGCAUGAAUAUCUUGUUGUUGUUCCUCUACAACUUGGAUGGACAGGAUUCAUCUUCUUUGCAUUCAUCGUAGUUGUGAGGAUGUUUGUUUACAGGCCAGAUUCCCUUAAUUUCCAAGAUAAUCCAACUGUUGGGAAUUGCUUCUUUUGGCUCGUCUUCUGCUUCACGGGACAACCUCUGGGCAUAUUGUUAUAUUGGUAUUUAUGGGGAGUAAAACAAGGAGCAGUAACAGAAUUGGAUCCAAGCAAAAUUGCAUUAUCUUGA